AACCCUAACCCUCUAAAACCCAACCUCUUCUUCUUCUUCUUCAAAUAGACAAAGAAGAAACCUAUCUCAUCAUCAAUGGGGAUGGCGACCUCAACCAAAGAACCCGGACUCGAAGCUCUGAAACGCCUGAAAUCUACGAAGGCACCAGAAUGGCUAACACCGAACCCGUCUCUCUCUCAAACGGCUCGCGCCGCGUCAGAGCACCUCUUCGCUUCUCUGAAGCCCUUCACUCCGAAAUCCCCAUUCGAAAAGCUCUUGACCCAAGGGUUCGACGCCGAGCAGAUAUGGCAGCAAAUCGAUCUCCAAUCCCACCCCCUUAUGUCGACUCUGCGCCGCGAGGUGAAGCGGUUCGAGAAGAACCCAGAUGAGAUAUCGAAGCUGAAGAAGGUUCAGAAAGUUGGGCACAAGGGUUCUGAGGGUGUAAAGGGUGUUGUAGAAGAGGAAAGUGAUGGUCUUGAUGAGGGAUUAAAUGGGUUUGAUGAGGAAUUGGAUGAGGAUGAAGAAGAGGAAGAGGAGGAGGAGAAGGAGGAGGAAGAGAGAGAGAGUGAGGGUGAAGAGGAGGGAGAGGAAGGUAGAGAAGGUGGGAUUGAAGAUGCGUUUUUGAAGAUAAAGGAAUUGGAGGGGUUUUUGGAGGAUGGUGAAGCUAUGGAAUAUGGAUUAAAGAAGAAAGGUGAUGGGUUGGGUAAGAAAAGUAAGAAGAGUAAGGGAAGUGAAGAAGAAGAAGAAGAAGAUGAUGAUGAUGAAGAGGAUGAUGAGCUUGGAGCCUUUGGGCUUGGUGAUGAUGAAGACGAUGAUCAAAAUGCGGACAAGAUGGCAAGUUAUGAUGACUUUUUUGGUUCUAAUAAGAAAAAGACUUCAAAACGAAAAUCAGAAGUGAAUGUUCGGUCAGAAGAUUUAGACAUGGGUGACGAACAAGAAGAUUCAGACAUGGGUGAUGGACAAGAAGAUUCAGACAUGGGUGAUGAACAAGAGGAUUCAGACAUGGGUGAUGAUCAAGAAGAUGAUGGGGCUUUUGAAAAUAAGAAGCAAGAGACUCUUUCUACCCAUGAAAAAGAACUUCAGAAGCUUCGAUCUCAAAUAGAGCUGAUGGAAAAGGAAGACCUGGAGCAAAAAGAUUGGACCAUGCAGGGAGAGGUAACUGCUGAAAAAAGGCCAGUGAACAGUGCAUUAGAAGUUGAUCUGGAAUUUGAUCACAAUGUGAGACCUGCCCCUGUGAUCACUGAGGAGGUUACAGUAGCACUUGAAGAAAUCAUAAAGGAACGGAUCCUUAAGGGACAAUAUGAUGAUGUGCAAAAGGCUCCUAGGUUGCCGUCUGUGGCUCCGAGAGAAAUCAAAGAGUUGGACGAGAAUAAAAGCAAGAAGGGUCUUGCUGAAGUUUAUGAGGAAGAAUAUGUUCAGCAGACAAAUCUGAAUUCUGCCCCUUUGUCAUUCAAGGAUGAACAGAAGAAAGAGGCUAGCAUGUUGUUCAAGAAACUUUGCUUAAAGCUGGAUGCUCUUUCUCAUUUCCACUUUGCUCCAAAACCUGUUAUAGAGGACAUGUCUAUACAAGCAAAUGUCCCAGCUCUAGCAAUGGAAGAGGUAAAGAGUUUAUUGCACCUGUGGCUGUCUCAGACGCAGCUAUGCUGGCUCCUGAGGAAGUUUUUACUGGCAAAGGUGACAUUAAGGAAGAAACUGAGCUUACACAGGCAGAAAGGAAGAGGAGGAGAGCUAAUAAGAAGAGGAAAUUCAAAGCUGAGGCAGCUAAACGGACUGCAAAGAAGCCACAAGACAGCACAUCCCUAAACCAUGAUCAUGGCAAAGAAGAAUGAUGAGAUUUUGCAUAUGAUUAAGAUAUGCAAUGGUCUCCUUACAAGCCUUACUCUGUAAAUCAUGGUUUCAACUCAAGGACAAGUAAGAGGAGUGAGAGGCAGAGAAAAGAGGAAGGGUGGUGCCUUUACCCCAAAGAUCUCAUUUGUUCAGCCUUAUGCUUCUGACUUCUGGUGAGUGUGUAAAGAAAUCUGUACGAAAGAGGAUGAAAAGGAUUGAAGCAUCAUAUCCAUCAAUGGAAUGUCAGUUCAUUGUUAUUUAUUAGAAUUCUGAUAUGAUAGAAAGUUUUUGUUAUGUAAUUAGUAUCUAGUGAUUUUGUUAUCCUGGGUUUCACAGAUCCUAUAGAACAGUAUACUAGUUUGUGUCGGUUAUAUUCUUUUGUUCAGCUUAUAUGUUUUGCGUAAGGGAUUCCAUUUUGCUCUAGGGAUUCCAUUUGUUUUUAGCAUCAGUUGGGCAAGACUGGAUGAAUAGAGAUUGCUUUGAUGCUUA